AUGGCCCGCAGAAGCGGGAGUUUCACUUGGAGUUCAAGUGGCAGGAAGAGUGUAAAGGAGAGAUCCGAUCCGGAGAUCGAGGAGGUGAUUUGCUCCUGUUUGAAGCCUUGGUGUCGGCAAGUGGAGGAAAUUAUCGUCAGACACCAUGAUGAGCUUUUGGCUCGUCUUGGGCAGUCGAUGGACAUGGGUUUCGCACCAACGAGCUUGCCAGGCCUCUCGUCUGAGACGACCCCUGGAAGCCUGGGCCACAUCGCAGAAUGUGAUGAGCUUGAGGCCACGGCCACGGCCCAGACGGCCACGGCCCAGACGGCCACGACCACGCCGGAAGGCAAGAUGGUAAAGGUCUUCACAGAUAGGAUGUCGAGGACGGAGACGGGAAAGGAUGAAGAAGGGCCACAGAUGAGUUGGAAGAAGCUCGUCAUCGACGAUGCCCAACAUGAACAGAGGGCUAUCGCUUUGUCAGAGCAGCGCAGGGAACUGGCUCAGAAGGCCCCAGAGGUCGAGGAAGACAAGGGAGAUGAAGCACAUCGAGGAACUUUGGCUAUGAUGGAACGCUUUGUGGAGUCCUCCCGCUUUGAGGCUGUUGUGGCAGCUGUGCUGAUUUCCAACUCGAUCUUCAUGGGAGUUCAGUUGCAGUUGGCGGCUGAUAGCUAUGGAGUUGCGAGCCAGACCGAUAUUGAGAGCGACACGGCCUUCGUUGCUGUGAACACCGUGUACGCGCUGCUAUUUACGGUGGAGCUUGUUUUUCGAAUCAUUGCUCAUCGAAUGUCCUUCUUUUGCACUUCAGAUCGCGCCUCCUUGUUCUGGAACUACCUGGACAUUUCUUUGGUGAUAUCAUCACUUUUAGAAGUCAUUCUGGUGAUCGCCAUUUCAGUUGAUGGAGUGGACUUGGGCAUGUCUAAUCGGCUUCGCGCUUUGCGCAUCAUUCGUUUAGCGCGGCUGAUUCGGAUGAUGCGGGCCAUGCGCUUCUUUCGAGGUUUGCGUACAUUAGUGUAUUCCAUUUUCUACACACUGAAAGCAUUGAUCUGGUCGUUGAUUCUGCUGCUCAUGAUGAUGUAUUUGGUCGGUAUUCUGUUGACCGAUGCCGUGCUGGCUCAUGUGGCACGCUUCCCGACACCAGACGAGAUCCCCGUCGAUUCCGACGAAGCAGUGCUGUACGAAAGCUUCGGAUCCUUGCACUUGGCAAUGCAUUCAUUGUUCCGGAGCAUUACAGGUGGUGUUGAUUGGGCAGUUUACGCACGAGCUUUCGCACAAGUGAAUUGGAUGUGGACCUAUCUCUUCACCUCGUUCAUAGCCUUCUCAGUGUUUGCGGUUUUGAACGUCAUGACAGGCGUUUUCUGCCAGCGAGCAACCGAGCUGGCUGAGCGCGACAAAGAGGCCCAGCUGAUGGCGAUGCAGAUUGAGACGGAGCACAUCAUGGACGAGGCCCGUCGGUUGUUCCGAAGCUUUGACGUGGUUCGGCAAGGCUCUUUGACAUUGAUGGAGGUAGAGUUGAUGCUUCAAGAUGAGGAUGUCAAGGCUGCCUUGGCUGCCUUGGACUUGGUGGUCUAUGACCCUUGGCGCUUCUUCCGUUUGCUGGAUUUGAAUGGCAACGGGGCCGUCACAGAGGAGGAGUUUGUGGAGGGAUGCUUACGGUUGCGUGGCCCUGCGCGCACCUUCGAUGUGGCCAGUUUGGCAGAGGAGAACAUUCGAAUGAAGGCAAAGCUUGCAAGUUUGGAACAGCAAGAAGUGCUUUCGCAGCAGAUGAUCAGCCACUUUCGGGUGGAGAUGUUGCAAGUGGGCAAGCUGGCCCGUCAAACAAGUGACUACCUCAACAGGUGCAAAGCUUCCGAAAAGUCGGUGGGGUAUGCCACGUCCACAGAGGAAGAGGGCCCUUCAAUGCAAGACGAAGGAAAACAAGCUUCAAAAGGUCGGCAAACUUCACCAGACUCAAGAGUUUCCUUCGAUGGGAUUGAGGGUGCUGACUGGACGGCGCUUCGACAAGCUAGCAUGAGAAUGGCAGAAGCUACAACGAGCUUUGCUACACUGAUGCAGCAGGCAGGAAAUACCGAAGCUGCCCAAUCCCCAUUUGAUUCAGUCGCCACACUUCCUUCUCCUCCUCCAUCACAGUUGGCGCCAUCUCCACCAAUGUCACAGCCUGAAGCCAUUUUUUUCUUGGAGCCAGAACAGCCAGAAGGGCCAGUGCCAGAGCGAACCAUCCCGGGAAUCCCGGAAGAAGGAAGAGAUGAAACGAGAAGAGAUCGAGAUGGCCUCCAUCCUAGUAGCGAUGGCCUCCAACCUGCUAGAAGAGAUCGAGGUUCACAGGGUCAAGGGGGCACAGUCGCAGGUCAGCUGCAACGAGACUUUGAUCUCCCCUACUUCUGUGACCCUGAGCAGUGA